UACCAAUAGGUCAAGUUCUCCAUUGAUCUGAUUUUCUUUUACCGCAUCAAUCUUUUCACCAUGACGAAACAAGAAGCAUCACAAGAUGACAUCACUCCAGGUCACAAUGACCAGGACAUUCCACACUCAAACGAGGAUGAACUUCGAUCCAAGAUCUUGACCGCCGAACGCUCAACUCUCCCGGACGGCUACUUCCUCAGCCGCGAGUUCGUUGGGACUUUUAGCGGCAUUGCGUUCAGUCUUGCAGCGACAUACUUUGCCUUCCAGGCUGGUGCCGGUGCACUUAUCAACAUCAACCAGGACAUCGGCCCCAGCCAGAACUAUUAUCUGUUCUCAAUUGUGUGGACGGUCUCUCAGCCUAUCUCCAUGCUCUUGUUUGGCCGCCUCUCUGAUAUGUUUGGUCGCCGAAACCUUGCUCUUGGUGCCAAUGUCCUCGGAAUCUGUGGUGGUAUUGUUGCUGCCACUUCUCAGAGCAUCAACCAACUCAUCGCUGCCAAUGUGCUCUUGGGUCUUGCCUCGGGAAUUCCGGGUUCAUAUCCCCUUCUGACGGGCGAGCUUAUGACGAACAAGCUCAAGUUUCUUGGCACAAUUGUUGUUGUAGUGCCAAACAUCAUCGCUACUGGCUUCGGUCCGUACCUUGGCCUUCGCCUCAGCAUUCUUACUUCAUGGAGAUGGAUCUUUUACAUCUACAUUAUCUUAAUGGUAAUCGGCACUACCCUGUGGUACUUCUUCUACCACCCUCCCUCUUUUGUGCAACUUCACGGAACCAGCAUUAGCCGUAAAGCCGAGCUAGCAACUAUUGACUGGGUUGGCAUUUUCCUUCUUGUCUCGGGCCUCGUUCUUUUCCUUCUUGGAAUUGCCUGGGGUGGGCAACCAUACAAAUGGACUUCAGGCCGAGUCCUUGGUCUUUUGAUUCCUGGUGCAGUUUGCUCUAUCGCAUUCAUCCUCUAUGAGGUAUAUGGCAAACCUGCCAAACCCAUCGUACCCAUGAAAUUCUUCAAAGAUGUCCGAGGUUACACAUGCGUCGUCAUCAUCUCUGCCAUCACUGGCUGCCUUCAGACGGCCCUGUUCAUAUUGUGGCCUUCACAGGUUGCAUACAUCUUUGGAAGUACCACCAAUGGAUGGGAGGAGACCGCUUGGAUGUCAAGUGUUGUUAACUUUGCAGCUUGGGCUGGUAUCAUCAUUGUCGGGCCGCUUUUCCACGUCAUCAAGCAUUUGCGUCUACAGCUUGUUGUCGGGUCUGCAUGGAUGACAGCUUUCCUCGCCGCUAUGUCUACCAUCACCUACUCCAACAAGGGAUCUGCUAUUGCUUUUGCAUUUCUCAGCACUUUUCCCAUCGGGUGGGGAGAGGUCAUGACGAUGCUGAUGGUUCAGUACAUUGUCCCAGAACAAGACCUGGGGGUUGCCUUUGCUGUCGUGUCGUCAGUUCGUACCAUCAUGGGCUCCAUCUUCGCCGCUGUCUUCGUCGCCAUUUACACCAACAAGCUCCCAGGCUACAUGGCCAGCAUUGUAGUACCAGCGCUGCAGAAAACAUCCCUUUCUGCAGGCGCUAUCAGUGAAGUACUGGCGACAGCACCCACUGCGAAUCAGGCUGCACUCUCAGCUAUCAAAGGAGUCACCCCCGAGAUCUUACGUAUCAUCAACGCCAAGGUCGCCGAUGCUUACGGCCACUCAUACGCCUUUGUUUACUACACUGCUGCUGCUCUCGGGGCUGUAUGCCUCUUUGCGGCAAUGUGCCUGCGCGACUUUGAUGUUUAUCUGACUGAUCACGUUGCCCGCAUGGUGUAUAAGAAGGAGGAGACUAAGGAGGAUUCACUGGCGAAGCAUAUUGAGCACCGUGAGUCUGCUUGAAGCGUUUGUGUGCAACAAGUCAAUGGGAACCGUUAGCAGUUUGCAAACGUCUGGAAUUAAUUUGGUUAUUUUAGUGUCGAUGCAGGAAAGGCUGAUGGGUUUACUCCUUUUGAAAUUUUGGUCUUGUGUGAAGAAUGGCUCCAGUUCAGCAUUCAUGGUUGAAACAACGGAAAUAUAAUAGUAUCGGCCUAUAUCAAUG